CCGUUUCAGUUUGCCCCCCUGCUCCAGCUCUAUUCGCGCGCACAGCUUCUUCCUUCCUUCUUUCGCAGUAUCUUCUUCCGGAACAUCACACCUCUUUAUUCAGCGUAUUAUAAACUCUAUUCGACCGCUACCAUCCAGAAUUUUCUCAAUUGCAUAUCACCGGUUGUCAGGUCGCCUACAAGGAUGAAGGGAGCGAAACUAGCCGUGGUUUUCAGCGUGUGUUUGGCCUUCUUGGUCCUGACUGAGGCGGCUCGGAGCAAGAGAGACUCCAGCAGCCAGAACAGCUUCAGGAGGGCGGCCACGAGCUUAUACCAAACCUUCAGCAGCAUCUUCGGAGAGGACAACAUGAGGGCUGUGCACAAGUUCUUCUCAAAAACGACAGAGGGGUUUGUUCAUGGAGUCGAUUUAUUAGUGGACGCCUUGUGGAAGCUGUGGGUGGAUCUGCUCGAUGUAAUGGGGAUCGACUCCUCGAAUCUGACGCACUACUUCAGCCCAUCGUCUGUGUCCAGUUCUCCUCCUCGUGCACUCCUCCUGGUGGCAGCCUUGCUGUUGGCUUACUGGUUCCUGUCCUUGUUCCUGAGCGGUUUCUUUUACGUCCUCCACACAGUGUUUGGCCGUUUCUUCUGGCUGGCCCGCGUGGCCCUUUUUGCCCUCUCCUGCCUGUACAUUCUGCAGAAAUUCGAGGGUGACCCGGAGAAGGCAGUGCUGCCACUGUGCUUCAUAAUGGCCAUGUACUUCAUGACAGGACCGGUGGGAGCAUACUGGAGGAAAGGGGGAGGAUCUGGAAAUCUGGAGGAUAAGAUCGACAACCUGGAUACCCAGAUCCGUCUCCUUAACAUCCGCUUGAGCAGAGUGAUUGAAAACCUAGAGAAAUGAGAGUCAGAGGUGUGGUUUGUGAGAUGGCAUAAGAAGAAAAAAAAUCCUUUUUUUUUUUUUGUUUUUCAGGAUGUCCCAACAUUUUAGUCAGGCAAGAAUUGUAUGUGACCGAUUUCCUAGAUGGUAUGUUGAAAUGAUUAGAUCCACCCUAUUGUUGUGUGUAAUGUAUUAUAAGUGUCCACUUCUAAAGUAACUGCCCAUCUUUGAGCAAAUAUCAGGAUUUUUUGUGGGUCUGUGUGUGUCUGCAAGCCUUGAGUUGAGUGUGUUAGUCGUUUGUGCAGUGUUAAGCCCUUUUUUCCAUUAACUGUGUUAGGGCACUUUCUAUAAGUGUGUGUUAUUUAUCAGUCAUUAAGGCGAUGCAAUUGAGAGUUAGUUCACUUGAAUCACUCAAAGUGUGAGUAAAAAUCAGUAUCACUGCAUUUUUAUUUUACUUUUUCACAUCUCCCUUGUCUCUUCUUGAGGUCACCAGAGGUUACUCUGAGUUCAGGAUCGAUCAGGGAUAGAGAUGUAUGUGGAAAUCGCUUUCAGAGAGCAGCUAGUCAUCAGAAGCGUGAGGAUAUUAGACCGGUGUCUCUGUCCACCUUCAGUCGAGAGAGAGAGAGAGAGGUUCUCACGUGCUAGGUAAAACCUGGUCAUGCACUUUGGUCUCAGCAUGAGAUUAUUGUAUUAAUUACGGUAUAUUUAUCCUUUUAAUACCCUUCUAGAGCUGGAUUGAUUAAAUAUUGUUUUAAUUCUAAUACCUGUUAGUGCUGCUUAGUAAAAUCAUUUUAAGAAAGUGGCCUCUAUGGUUUGAACCACCGUGGCAUUUUGUUUAUUAGAGAUUUCUGAUUACUAAUCUAAUCUGUUUGUAAUCUAACCUUUUUGGAUUUUAAUUCGUCGUGUUUUUGCUAAUUUGCUAAACCGUUGUAGUCCAAGCUAAUUUGCAUGUCUUUUAAAAUCUAUUUCGAACAUUUAUUAUUACUGCUUGAUAGAUAAAAAAAAAAAAAAAAGACUUUAAGUAAAAAAUUUACAUGUUUUUCCAUUUUAAGAGAAAGAUUAUGAAUGGUCUGUGUUCAAGUAUAUUUUCAUUCCAUAUAAUGCCAUUAUUUUAUGAUUUUUUUUUUUUUUUUACACGAUUAGUACUGCUGUAUUUAAUAGUACUGUUGAAAAGUUUGUAGUCAGUAAGAUUUUAUUAUAUGACGUUACUGUUGUUCAGGCAAUAUGUUUUAUAUAUUAUUAAUUUUU